AUGGCCGACACGGCGAGGCACCCGGCUGCUGCUGUCCGUCCCCAGCUCACGGCCUCGAUGCGCAGCAGCUCCUACCUGAGCGACCACCAGCAAUACCGCCCCCCCCGGCAGCCCGAGUCGCACCACGGCAUCGACACCGUCGUCGCCGAUGUGCGCGCCGCCUCGGUCAGCCCCCAGCCCCCCAAGUCCGCCCUGCCCUUCAACGGCAUCCCCUCCGAGGACAACCCCCCGACGAUAGUCGAGAGCGGCGUCAGCCACAGCUUCUCCCAUCCCAACUGCGCCCCGGCCUCGGGCCGCAAGACGGAUCGCCUCGUCGCCACCCUCUUCUACAAGGCCCCCGCCCCGAAUGCCUCGUCCCCCUUGCCGCUCCGGUCCCGCAUGGCCGACAGCAGCGAGUCUCUCCCGGCCAACAUGGCUCCGACCUCGAGCAUGGAUUCCUUCCCGCUUGAGCCCCCCACCCAGGAGUCGGAGCAGUUGGACCACCUGUACGGCUCGUACAUCUCGCCUCUCUGUCUCACCUCCUUUCUGCACCUCAUGUCCACCUUUCCCCAGCCCUCGGCCGCCGAUCAGCCGCACUCAUCGCACCGCUGCCUCGACAGCCAGGAGAACCCCCGCGUCGUCGAGCUGACUCUGGAUCCGGCCCCGUCUCCCAAGUACCUGAGCCUUUCGGACCUGCGCAAGCAUGAGAUGAUAUACCGCUUCGAGAGGGAGUGGAACGUUGACGUCGCCCUGCAGCGUGACCUCGUCUGGAGACGACACCCCCGCCUCGUCGUCUUUGACAUGGACAGCACUCUCAUCACCCAGGAGGCCAUCGAGCUCCUCGCCGACACCGUCACGGACCAGCCCGACCUGGCUGCGCGUGUCGCCAAAAUCACAGACCGGGCCAUGCACGGCGAGCUGGAAUUCGAGGCCUCAUUCCGCGAGCGCCUUGCCUUGCUCAAGGGCGUCAAUGCCUCCGUCUUCCAUCAUCUCCGGUCAGUCAUCGACGUGACCCCGGGCGCUGCCGCCCUCAUCAAAGCCCUGAACCGCCUCGGCGUCAAGACGGCCGUCCUCUCUGGCGGCUUUCAGCCCCUGGCGGAUUGGCUCGCCAACCACCUGGGCAUCGACUAUGCCUACGCCAACGAGGUCGUUGUUGCCGACGGCAAGCUCACGGGCGAGGCCAAGGGGACCAUUGUGGGCAAGGAGCGCAAGCAUGAUCUCCUCGUCGAAAUUGCUGCCAAGGAGAAGAUUGACCUGGCGCAGGUCGUGGCCGUAGGCGACGGCGCCAACGACCUGCUCAUGAUGGACAAGGCGGGGCUCGGUGUGGCGUGGAGGGCCAAGCCGCGCGUGCAGAUGGAGGCGGACGCGCGGCUCAACGGCGACAGCCUGUUGGACUUGCUGUUCCUCUUCGGCUUCACGAGUGAGGAAAUUGGCAUGCUCGUCGAGUGA